AUGUCUACCACACAGCAACCAGACCUCUACAACGAUGACAAAAAGGACCUGUCGCCAGACCACGCCGAGCAUGUCGAACAUGUCGGCGAUGGUGAGAAGGUGACGAAUGAGGAUAUCCUUGCCGAGGCCAUGGUCGGCGAGGCUGCCGAACACUCUAUGGGUGUCUGGGAGGCCGUGCGCACGUACAAGUGGGCCGUCUUCUGGUCCCUGGCCAUGAGCAUGUGCAUUGUGAUGGAAGCUUAUGACAAUGCACUCCUGGGCAACUUGAUGGCGCAGCCGGCAUUCAGAGAGCGCUUUGGCACAUAUGUGGGCGAAACCUCGGGAUAUGUUAUCUCCGCGCCAUGGCAGACCGGACUUACCCAAGCCCCCAUUGUAGGGUGUAUCAUCGGCGUCAUCAUAACUGGCGAGGUCGCCACCAAGUGGGGAUACAAGAAGUCGGCCCUUGGGGCCCUCGUCAUCAUGAACCUUGUGAUAUUCGCGACCUUCUUUGCUGAGUCCCUCCCCGUACUCCUCGUUGGCGAGUUCCUGUGUGGCCUGCCAUGGGGUGCCUUUAUCGUUGUUGCGCCCUCUUAUGCUUCUGAAGUCGCCCCACUUCCUCUGCGUGGUAUUCUUACAAUCUGGAUCCAAGUCUGCUGGUGUAUUGGCCAGUUUUUUGCCUCGGGAGUGCUCUAUGCUUUGGAGAGCAGAAACGACAAGUGGGCUUAUAAAAUCCCCUUCGCCUUGCAAUGGGUCUGGCCACUGCCUCUGAUGGCCAUGAUUUCAUUUGCUCCAGAGUCACCAUGGUGGCUCGUUCGCGCCGGACGCCUGGAGGAUGCUGAGGAUGUUGUCGAGCGCCUGGGCGGCAACCACUCGCGGGCCAGCCCGAAGGACACCGUAGCCACAAUGGUGCGAACCAAUGCGAUCGAAAUGGCCGAGACCGCUGGCACUACCUACGCCGACUGCUUCAAGGGUACCGACCUGCGCCGCACCUGGAUUACCUGCUUUAUCCAUUCGUUUGCCAACUUCACCGGUCUACUCCUCAGCAACCUCGGAACGUACUUUUUCACAGUCGCUGGUCUUCCCAGCAAGCAAGCCUUCGCACUUGGUCUGGGCACUACUGGAAUCCAGUUUGUGGCUGUCCUCGGCUCCUGGUGGCUCUCUACUCGUGCAGGCCGUCGAUCCAUGUAUCUCGGUGGCCUGGCAUUCAACAUCGUCGUCCUCGGUCUCAUUGGAACUCUGGCGUGCCUCAAACAGACAACUCCCAUCCUCUGGGCCCAAGGUGUGCUCCUCAUCUUGAUCUCUUUUCAGUGGGGAUUUACAAUGGGUCCCAUCACGUACACGACGAUUGGCGAAACCUCUUCAGUGCGCCUGCGCGCCAAGACUGUCGGACUCUCCAGGGACGCGUACUAUUUGUCAUACAUCCCACUUAGCAUUAUCAACUCGUACAUGCUCAACCCCACGGGCUGGAAUAUGGUCGGGAAGAGUGCAUGGGUGUGGUGCGGCACAGCGACCUGUCUGUGGAUCCUCUGCUACUUCGAAUUUCCAGAAUUCAAGGACCGAAGUUUCCGCGAGAUUGACAUUCUCUUCCACCGUCAUGUGCCGGCACGCAGGUUCAAGUCUAUCAAGGUUGACGAAAGCGUUGACGAGUGA